AUGUCAACUACGGUGAUGAUUCGUUUCGCAGCGGCUUUCUUCAUCACUGUCCUCGUUGGUGUCGUUCGCUGCAAGGAGUGUACAAGAACUUGCACUACACAGAAUUGUGACACUAUUUCUAUUCGAUAUGGCAAGUAUUGUGGGUUUGGACACUUUGGAUGUCCUGGUGAAGAGCCUUGCGAUGAUCUUGAUGCUUGUUGUAUGGUCCAUGACCAUUGUGUUGGGUCAAAAGGUAUGACUAACAUAAGCUGCCAUAAGAAGUUCCAGCUAUGCGUAAACAGUCUAAGCAACUCGAUAAAACAAUCCAAAGACGAAAAGGUCGGCUUCGCCAAACAGUGCCCUUAUUCAGUAGUAAUACCUACGGUGAAUCAAGGAAUGGAUAUCGGGAUCUUAUUCAGUCAGUUAUGUAACGAUAUAUAUUUACUCUGGUCUUGGAGUAUGCGUAGGCCUGGGCAUUUGGAUGUUCGGGUCGGGGUUAGGUUCGGGUAA